UAGUAUGUGAAUGAGUUUUGCGCCUUACAGUCCAUUUCGUGUAUUCAUUUUCUCAAACCAAAACAAUUCACGCCUAGGAAUCAUUCAUAUUGUCAAUUCGGAAAAACUGCACCAUUUUGGCUGCUUGUGGGUUUGAUUCUAAGCAUUUCACAUGACAAUGGAGGAAAUGUGCAGAGUUUGCAUGGGAACGUCUGGAGCAUUCAUAAACAUUUUUGAUGAGACACAAAAGUGGGAGACCUGCAUUGCUGACAUGAUAGCUCAGUGUACUGGGUAUGAGGUUAGCCAAGGCGAUUUACUAUCCGAAAACAUAUGUCCGCCUUGCCUUGAGGAUGCAGUGAGUGCAUUCAAUCUUAAGACCACCUGCGAGCAGAGCCAUAAACUCUUUACACCACAAAUGGAGAAGGGAAUAGAUGAGGUCCCCUGGGAUGCAAAAGUAAAAAGAGCUGAUAAGGAUGUCGAUCUUGUAUUUAGUUGUCCCCAUUGUUCGAAGCAGUACACGCAUAGAAGCAACUUAUACAGACACAUUAAAUUUCAUACUGGUGAACGUCCCUACAAAUGCUCCGACUGCUCAAAGUCGUUUAUACAAAAAAGCGAACUCGAGGUACACAUCCGUAUUCACACGGGUGAGCGACCGUUUGAGUGCACUCAUUGCUCGAAGACGUUUAAGCAGAACUCGCAUCUGCAAAUACACAUUCGUACCCACACAGGAGAUCGGCCCCAUCAAUGCACCCAAUGUCCGAAGUCAUUUCAAGAACUGUCCCACCUAAAAGUACACAGCCGAACUCAUACGGGAGAGCGACCGUAUAUAUGUUCUCAUUGCCCCAAAUCUUUUUCCCAUGCUGGAACACUACGGGAUCAUAUCCUUUUGCAUACCGGUGAACGACCUCACGAAUGUCCACACUGCUCCAUGUCUUUUGGGCAAAAAUCAGAGCUGCAAGUGCACAUCCGCUCUCACACGGGAGAGAGACCGUUUAAGUGCUCUCAAUGCCCCAAGUCCUUUGCCCGAGCCGCUUGUCUCCGGUCUCAUAUCCGUUUGCAUACUGGCGUACGACCCUACCAAUGUUCCCACUGCUCAAAGUCCUUUGUACAAAAAUCCAAUCUUGAUACACACGUACGUACUCACACGGUGGACCGAGCCUACCAAUGUUCCUACUGCUCAAAGUCCUUUAUGAAAAGUUGCGAUCUCCAAGCACACAUCUGCACUCACACCGGGGAGCAUCCCUACAAGUGCUCAUUCUGCUCAAAGGGGUUUAUUCACAACUCAUCUCUGAAGAGACAUACCCUCACUCACACGGAACAAGGGCAUUCAAGUGUACCCGAUGCUUAA